AUGGAAGCACCUGGUAAAGACCUCCACAGUCAGUGAGCAUUGCAUUCGUUCUUUUUGCACGAUCUCCAUACUUUAAUAUCCGCCACAUUCAACAGAUUUGUAUCUGUCUGCCGUCACAUUUGCAUCCCUAACGUCCAGGACCUUGGUAAGUGCAAAUACAUAAUGUUUCUAUGUCGGCUGUUAAUGACUUCUGCCAGCUUCAUUGGAAGACAUGGCUGGCCAGCUAGCUAGCGCUAAUGCUAGCUAGCUAGCCACUCCUCGAUUGACUGCGAAAUUAUCUACAUUUUGGUGAAAUGGGCACAGAGUUUCUAAACCAGAGGCGCAACAUCGCGAGACUUCCGGGAAUGCCUAUGAAACAGACCAAUCAGACCAGGCCGGGGUUUGGGGUUUGAGAAGUCAAUGAGUGAAAAACUAAGUGAAAAAUUAUCAACUAAGAAAUAAUUUUUCUCGAAGUCUAAAGGCACUAGCUAUGUUCGAGCAAAUGUCUUAAGUAGUUGAACAUGUUAUUACGCCAACCUCGUGAAAGUGAUAAACUGACACGUUUUCAUCUUAGUCAAAAACAUAUUGUCUUUAUAUCGAAUGAGCGUAUUUGACGGCCUGCACAUGCGCGAGGCGACCGUUAAUGGUCAGUGCUACCCGGGAUCCUUGGGACAUCCCUAACCAUUUAGUCAUUUAGCAGACGCUUAUCCAGAGCGACAACCUUAACCCUUACCCUUACCUUAACCCAGCGUUUCCCCAACUCGGUCCUCGGGACCCCAAGGGGUGCACAUUUUGGUUUUUGCCUUAACACUACACAGCUGAUUCAAAUGAUCAAAGCUUGAUGAUUAGUUUAUUAUUUGAAUCAGCUGUGUAGUGUUAGGACAAAAACCAAAACGUGCACCCCUUUGGGUCCCUGAAGACCAAGUUUGGGAAACCCUGCCUUAACCUUUUUUAAAUUUCAACUUCAGUGGGGUGGGGGGGAUCCCGGAUAGCAAGGACCACCGUUAGACAUGAUGAUGUGUUUCUGUCCAUGAGCUUAUCUAGCCAACUUCUCCAUGACAUCAAAUUAUAUUUGCCACAUGCGCCGAAUACAACAGGUGUAGACAUUUGAAAUGCUUACUUACAGCCCUUAGCCAACAAUGCAUUUAUGUUUUAAUAAAAAAGUAAAAUAAAACAACAAAAAAGUGUUGAGAGAAAAAAAGCAGAGUCAAUGUGCGGAGGCACCGGCUAGUUGAGGUAAUAUGUACAUGUGGGUAGAGUUAAAGUGACUAUGCAUAAAUAAUUAACAGAGUAGCAGCAGUGUAGAAAGAUGGGGUGUGGGGCAGUGCAAAUAGUCCGGGUAGCCAUGAUUAGCUGUUCAGGAGUCUUAAGGCUUGGGGGUAGAAGCUGUUGAAGCAUUUUGGACCUAGCGCUCCGGUACAGCUUGCCAUGCGGUAGCAGAGAGAACAGUCUAUGACUUUGGUGGCUGGAGUCUUUUUGACAAUUUUGAGGGCCAUCCUCUGACACCGCCUGGUAUAGAGGUCCUGGAUGGCAGGAAGCUUGGCCCCAGUGAUGUACUGGGCCGUACGCACUACCCUCUGUAGUGCCUUGCGGUCGGAGGCCGAGCAGUUUCCAUACCAGGCAGUGAUGCAACCAGUCAGGAUGCUCUUGAUGGUGCAGCUGUAUAACUUUUUGAGGAUCUUAGGACCGAUGCCAAAUCUUUUCAGUCUCCAGAGGGGGAAUAGGCUUUGUCGUGCCCUCUUCACGACUGUCUUGUUGUGUUUGGACCAUGAUAGUUCGUUGGUGAUGUGGACACCAAGGAACUUGAAGCUCUCAACCUGUUCCACUACAGCCCCGUCGAUGAGAAUGGGGGCGUGCUCAGUCCUCUUUUUUUUUUCUGUAGUCCACAAUCAUCUCCUUUGUCUUGGUCACGUUGAGGGAGAGGUUGUUAUCCUGGCACCACACGGCCAGGUCUCUGAUCUCCUCCCUAUAGGCUGUCUCAUCGUUGUCAGUGAUCAGGCCUACCACUGUUGUGUCGUCGGCAAACUUAAUGAUGGUGUUGGAGCCGUGCCUGGCCAUGCAGUCAUGGGUGAACAGGGAGUACAGGAGGGGACUGAGCACGCACCCCUGAGGGGCCCCCGUGUUGAGGAUCAGCGUGGCAGAUGUGUUGUUACCUACCCUUACCACCUGGGGGCUGCCCGUCAGGAAGUCCAGGAUCCAGUUGCAGAGGGAGGUGUUUAGUCUCAGGAUCCUUAGCUUAGUGAUGAGCUUUGAGGGCACUAUGGUGUUGAACGCUGAGCUGUAGUCAAUGAAUAGCAUUCUCACGUAGGUGUUCCUCUUGUCCAGGUGGGAAAGGGCAGUGGGAGUGCAAUAGAGAUUGCAUCAUCUGUGGAGGCGGUAUGCAAAUUGAAGUGGGUCUAGGGUUUCUGGGAUAAUGGUGUUGAUGUGAGCCAUGACCAGCCUUUCAAAGCACUUCAUGGCUACAGACGUCAGGUUAUCUUAGUGUCCUUGGGCACGGGGACUAUGGUGGUCUGCUUGAAACAUGUUGGUAUUACAGACUCAGUCAGGGACAUGUAGAACAUGUCAGUGAAGACACUUGCCAGUUGGUCAGCACAUGCUCGAAGUACACGGUAAUCCAUCUGGCCCUGCGGCCUUGUGAAUGUUGACCUGCUUAAAAGUCUUACUCACAUUGGCUACGGAGAGCGUGAUCACAUAGUCAUCCGGAACAGCUGGUGCUCUCAUGCAUGCUUCAGUGUUGCUUGCCUCGAAGCGAGCAUAGAAGUGGUUUAUCUCGUCUGGUAGGCUUGUGUCACUGGGCAGCUCGCGGAUGUGCUUCCCUUUGUAGUCUGUAAUAGUUUAAGCCCUGCCACAUCUGACGAGCGUCAGAGCCGGUGUAGUACGAUUCAAUCUUAGUCCUGCAUUGACUCUUUGCCUGUUUGAUGGUUCGUUGGAGGGCAUAGCGGGAUUUCUUAUAAGCGUCCGGGUUAGAGUCCCGCUCAUUGAAAGUGGCAGCUCUACCCUUUAGCUCAGUGCGGAUGUUGCCUGUAAUCCAUGGCUUCUGGUUGGGGUAUGUACGUACGGUCACUGUGGGGGCGACGUCAUCGAUGCACUUAUCGCCUACAAGUGUGAUCGGGGAUUUCUAUCGGAGAAGCAGUUUCUGCCCAUCUUCAUACUGUACGGUCUUUGACAUGAGUGUCUUCAAUGGGCAUAUUUUACAAUUUGUUUAAUUAGUCUAUUCCACAGUCAGAUGAGAUAUUUAGGGUUUUAGUUAUGUCAUGUUAUUCAUUUGGUUUUAUGUGAUGCAAUGUGGGAAUCCAACAUUCCCAGAGCUAACUUAGCUAGCCAACUGUUAAGUUGUCCAUGGUGACAACGUCUGAGAUUCAAAUACAGUAGCUUAUACCUAGUUACCAUUAUAGCUAUGUUGUUUAGUUAACUUCACAUAGAAAUCAAUAACGUUAGCUACUGGCCUACAAGCUUUUUAACCGUUAUCAUAUUUUACCAGCUUAUUCAUUAGCCUAGUACACAUGUAGGUUAGUUAGACAAAUUGUUGAACUUAUGAACAAUCGUUGAGACGUGCACAGUGCAAUGACAACACACAUAGCAAAUGAGAGCCAUCAUCAGCUGUCAAAUGACAAGUGUCAUUCCACCCCCCCUCGAUAAGCCACUAUCAAACAUAAUAAUGGCACCGGAGGGGAUGGCUGCCGUUUUACAGGCUCCUAACCAACUGUGCUAUUUAUUCAUUUGUUUUGCAUUGUUUGUAACUUAUUUUGUACAUAAUGUUGCUGCUACCAUCUCUUAUGACCGAAAAGAGAUUCUGAACAUCAGAACAGCGAUUACUCACCUCGAACUGGACAAAGAUAUUUUUUAUUUAAUGAGUCCAACACGAAUGAUAUACUGCUUCCCGAGACCAGGCCCAAAUCCCUGUCAUUCGCAUGAAGAAAAGACAGAGAUACAGGGGGUGGAGGUCAGGGUGCCUUGUGAGAAUUUGUCUUAGUGCCACAAACCGAUGCUUGCACUAAGACCGCACUCAACGAGCUGUAUAAGGCCAUAAGCAAACAAGAAAAUGCUCAUCCAGAAGCGGCACUCCUAGAGGCCGGGGACUUUAAUGCAGGCAAACUUAAAUCAGUUUUACGUCAUUUCUAACAGCAUGUCACAUGUGCAACCAGAGAAAAAAAAAAACUCUAGACCACCUUUAUUCCACACACAGAGACGCAUACAAAGCUCUCCCUCGCCCUCCAUUUGGCAAAUCUGACCAUAAUUCUAUCCUCCUGAUUCCUGCUUACAAGCAAAAACUAAAGCAGAAAGUACCAGUGACUCGCUCAAUACGGAAGUGGUCAGAUGAUGCGGAUGCUACGCUACAGGACUGUUUUGCUAGCACAGACUGGAAUAUGUUCCAGGAUUCAUCCAAUGUCAUUGAGGAGUAUACCACCUCAGUCACCGGCUUCAUCAAUAAGUGCAUCGACGACGUCAUCCCCACAGUGACUGUACAUACAUAUCCUAACCAGAAGCCAUGGAUUACAGGCAACAUCCGCACCGAGCUAAAGGCUAGAGCUGCUGCUUUCAAGGAGCGGGACACUAAUCCGGACGCUUAUAAGAAAUCCCACUAUGCCCUCAGACGAACCAUCAAACAGGCAAAGCGUCAAUACAGGACUAAGAUUGAAUCCUACUACUCCGGCUCUGACGCUCGUCGGAUGUGGCAGGGCUUGCAAACUAUUACGGACUACAAAGGGAAACCCAGCCGCGAGCUGCCCAGUGACGCGAGCCUACCAGACGAGCUAAAUGCCUUUUAUGCUCGCUACGAGGCAAGCAACACUGAAACAUGCAUGAGAGCACCAGCUGUUCCGAAUGACUGUGUGAUCAAGUGUGAACAAGACCUUUUAAACAGGUCAACAUUCACAAGGCCGCCGGGCCAGACGGAUUACCAGGACUUGUACUCAGAGCAUGCGCGGACCAACUGGCAAGUGUCUUCACUGACAUUUUCAACCUCUCCCUGACCGAGUCUGUAAUACCUACAUGUUUCAAGCAGACCACCAUAGUCCCUGUGCCCAAGGACACUAAGAUAACCAGUCUAAAUGACUACCGACCGUAGCACUGACGUCUGUAGCCAUGAAGUGCUUUGAAAGGCUGGUCAUGGCUCACAUCAACACCGCCCCAAACAGGGCUAUACAUCUCAUAAAAGGCUUCAUUUUCACCUAUAUAGUCUAUCUUUGUAAUAUUGUUGUCAUUAUUCACAUUGUGUUGAAUUGAUGAGAAGCCUAUAAUGGUAAAACAAAGGCAGAACAAUGGUUUAAAAUUCUUUAAAAAUAUAUAUAUAAUCUUUGAAAGGGAUUAUUGGGCUGCAAACUGCAGGGCUCUGGAGUGGUUAACCAGGGAUAGUGCUUAUUGGAUUGGAUUACUCUGCUGCGGCGAGGAGCUCCAUAAGUAGCUCGUGCUAGCGUGAAAGCUGCGGAGCCACAGCCAGAUCCACCAGGAGAAUGGGAGGUGGUGUUAUCUUCCAGACAAACAACCCCGUAAUUCCCUAAACCGUGAUUACGGCAUCAAGACAAGGAAAACAAUGAAGCUGAUACUAACUUUUCCCUCCCGUCUCUUUCUCUCUCUCACCCAGAAUCCUUCCACAACUUGUGUGGGGCGACCAGCCAUCACCCAAACUGAUGAGGUUUUACUGAUCCAGUUAAGAUUGAGUUCCCUUUUCCACAUUUGACAAGGUAAGGGUUCAGUGAGCACAAUUAUCUGUUUUUCUACUGAAAUUCUAACCAUCACUGGUUCCAGUUUUGAGGCUCACUCCACAGUCCUGCGACAUAGCUACAAUCAGACUCUUCUCUCAGGACUGCAGUUUUUCAGCGGCCAUUUCAUUACAAAAUUUCAUAAGAUAUUGAUACUUCAUUAGUAAGUGUAACGGAAGUGGUUCGAUGGCCAAACUUGCAUAUGAGUAACCUAGCCUGAGCCCUGAAGAGUUGGGCCUUGACUUAGUAGGCUAAUGCGCUCUUCUGCUGCACCAUAGACCUGGGUUCGAACCCUGUGGGUCACAUUGGUUCCAUGACCCGGAUGGGUCUCUGUGAGAAGGAGGAAGAAGUAAAAGCGGGGUGAAGUGUAAUGGAGGUAUGCUUGAUACCUGAAGAGCUGUGUUGGCACCCCGAGUCAGUUGGCGCGUUCGAGCAGAUCACUUCUGUCAAGUCGCCUUUCAAAGUGUGUUGCAUUAUGGGGAUAAAAAAUGGUCCAACUUGCGCCUACAUGUCAACUGCAUGAACUUUACAAAAACCAUGCCAUCAAAGGUUAUGAAGUUUUGACUGCUGUCGACUGCAAGUUUCUGCAGUUGCGCUUCACAAACAGCCAUCGCCUGCAUUGUGGGAGGCGCUAUUGUCAACCAAUCAUUAAGGUGUUUUUUUACCAACAUGACCAAAGACCUGACUGACAGGAACCAACUUUGCUGUGAUUCGUGUAUACAGUGGAUAUGUACAAAUUAAUGUGAUAUUUGAGGAUCUCUCACCAAUUGAUUGUACAAUGUACACGCUUAAAAAUCCUUCUUUAACCUGUCUUCUCCCCUUCAUCUACACUGAUUGAAGUGGAUUUAACAGGUGACAUCACUAAGGGAUCAUAGCUUUCACCUGGAUUCACCUGGUCAGUCUGUCAUGGUGUUUUGUACAAUCAGUGUAGAUUUUCAGUUUGUGAGUGUGUGAUAUGGGGGUCAGAGACAUGUUUAUUUCGACAUUAUAAAGAAACACUUUUUAUAAAGCAUGGCAGCAUUGCCAUGUUGCACUGAGCCUUGCUGUUGGAAAACCACAUCAGUGUCAGACUUUCAGCUAUCGCAGAUGCAUGUCACCUUCCCCGUCUUCACUCCUAGACUUUUGUCUAAAGUUGGUUGCUUUAGCCUUACCACUCAAACGAGCCCAAGUCCUUCUGAUGCACAGAAGACCCGUUGGUCACAUAAGCAGGAGGCCUAAAUACAUAUGGUAUAUCAGCUGCAUAGACCACCAUUGAAGUGUAAUAUUUGUCAUUUAAAAGAAUAGCCUAACUUUAUUCUUAUGUCAGUCUGUUAGAUGCAGAACAUUUGCCAAGUAAUAUGUCGAUUUUAUAAUUGAUUAGUAUACUCACACGUAAUCAAUCAUGUAAACAAUGACUUUGUUUUUGUAAUACGCUGCACUAUGGGCCCUGAGUCUGGCCUAGCAGUAACACUCUCAGCUUCAGAACCAUAUAUAUUCCCCCAAAACCAGAUCCCUCUGUCUCAAUACCUCUGUUCCUAUCCUUUCACACAUAAAUAAAAAUACGGAAGCGGUUCAGAAGUUUGUUCUCCUUUAAAAAUAAAUGUUGCACUGUACCACGAUACAGAGAAAGGUGAGUGUAUAAGGUAUAGAACCAGAGUGCUGUUUGGAGGUAGUUUAGUUAGGCUUACUAUCCUUAUCUAUGUAUGCUUUGAUAGCUGCAUUAAUGUGUUGUAUCACAUUUUCAUUUUUGGAUCCACAAGCAUCCCUAUAACCAAAACAACAAGAUGCAAAGUUUUUAUAUUUUAGAAAAUGUGUCUGGAAACGAAUAUGCCAAGAAAUGUUAAUGUGUCUAGACCAGGGGUGUAAAACUAAUUCCAUACAGGGCUGAGUGUCUGCUGGUUUUUGGUUUUUCCUUUCAAUUAAGACCUAGACAACCAGGUGAGGCGAGUUCCUUACUAAUCAGUGACCUUAAUUCAUCAAUCAAGUACAAGAGAGGAGUGAAAACCCGCAGACACUUGGUCCUCCGUGGAAUGAGUUUGACACGUGGUCUAGACUCUUAACAUGCCCACAAGUUAGCUUGAGGCGAGGGUUUUUGCUCUCUGUCAUAUAACCUAGUAAUUUGUGUACUGAUUAGCUGUCAUUUAUAGGGCCAUUGUAUGCCUAUUGUAAUAAAAUAAAAAUAAAAUAAAAUAGCCAUUUAGCAGACGCUUUUAUCCAAAGCGACUUACAGUCAUGCGUGCAUACAUUUUUGUGUAUGGGUGGUCCCAGGGAUCGAACCCACUACCUUGGCGUUACAAGCGCCGUGCUCUACCAGCUGAGCUACAGAGGACCACAUGGCAGUAGAGGUAUGGUGCUUGAAUUUUGGUGGAUGCACUGAAAAUGCAUUUGGUAAUUUCUGGUUACUGUAGCUCAGUUGAUAGAGCAUGGCGCUUGCAACGCCAGGGUUGUGGGUUUGUUUUUCACGGGGGGCCAGUAUGAAAAAUGUAUGCACUCACUAAAUAAUAAUAAUAAUAAUAAUAUGCCAUUUAGCAGACGCUUUUAUCCAAAGCGACUUACAGUCAUGCGUGCAUACAUUUUUGUGUAUGGGUGGUCCCGGGGAUCGAACCCACUACCUUGGCGUUACAAGCGCCGUGCUCUACCAGCUGAGCUACAGAGGACCACACUAACUGUAAGUCGCUCUGGAUAAGAGUGUCUGCUGUGUUGUUGUUUUUAUCGCACUGCUUUGCUUUAUCUUGGUCGCAGUUGUAAAUGAGAACUUGUUCUCAACUGGCUUACCUGGUUAAAUAAAGGUGAAAUGAAAAAAAUAAAAAAUAAUAAUGACUAAAAUGUAAAAAUGUUACUGCUGGUAAGCAUGAUUGAAAACUGAUAAUGGUUGUGUAGGAUUUUACCAUUUAUUAACAUGUAACAUUCACUUAACUUAAAUCCAGUAUGGCAGGUGAUGAUACAGUGUACCAUAUAUGUUACAGAUUGAUUCUGCCCAACAGUAUCUUGUGUUGUGAUGUUGUGCUGAGUUGCAAACAUGAGAUAAUAUCUGAAGACAUCCUGGCUCAUCCCUCUCACUCCAUGUAAAUCAGAAUCCCAUUUGAAAGUAAGGGAUAAUUCCUUUAGGAAAUGUUUCAUUUCUACAAACUUGAAGACAUUAAACAUGAAAAAUGUUGCUAGGCUUAAUCUACAAACUCUUAUAGAACUGUACAUCGGAAUGAAGUGUUUUAGAAAUAAAACAGUGAUGGGACUGACUUACUAACGGGAGGACUAUAGCUUUCUAUCUGCUUGUUUUGUGAAUAAAAGUGUUCCCAGUUCCUAGAUUAUGGAUGUGGGAAUUUCAUCCAUGCGCCACAUGGCACUGACGCAAAAGGUUGUGAGUAAUAUGAAUCGAUUUACUGGAAAGCAGUCGCGCUUUAAGGAAGUAGAAUAUUAAUGUAUAUCUCCUCCCCCAUCCGGCGACAAUAAAACAAAAUCUCGGUCAUAAUUUCUGCACUUUUAAUAAGCGUUUUUAUAUAAAUGAACUGUUCGGGCAUAGGCUACAUACCUUCGAUUCUGAAGUUGGGAGCGAGUGAUAUUCUGGCUGUCAUGAAGUGACACAUGAAUUUUCUCAAUAUUAGGGCAUUAUAACACCUUUUUUGGGUCCCUAUAAUUUGGUUGGUUCUCAUUCACAAAACGGCUUUUUCGAUUUAAAAAACGAAUGCCUACAAUGUGAACUGUAUAAAUUUGGUAUAGGCUACAUUUAAGAAGGUGAUGUGGGACUGCAUGAUUUUAAACGUAUAUGCUUACCUAUUGUAUUGUAUCUAAUACAGUUAUGUUGGCAACAUAUUGUUGUAACACCCCUUGUAAGUGACCUGGAUUUCUCACGUUUCAAGCACUCAGGGAGGUGAAGUUAUGUUUCUCGUUUAAAGUUGUAUCUAUAUCUGCGAUUGCCCAUAAGGUUGGUAUGUGGCCUCGCACACACAUCAUGCUCCCGUCAAAAAAAGUGUCACUCCCUCUAGCUUCUGAAUACAUCAAAGGGUUUAGCGUUAUCCAAACUUGCGUUUGCCCGAGUCGAUCAAUGAAGGAAUCCUGAGAACACCACCUCAACGCUGACUGCUGUUGUGUUACAUUGUAGCGGAAAGAAUGUCGGAAAGGGCCGAUGAUGACGUCAGGGGGGAACAGCGCAGAGCCGCCAGGCAGCUAAAGCAGCAACAGCAGCAGAUACAGCCGGGAGAAGGCUCCACAGCAAUGGCGACUGUUGCGGAGCGCAGAUCCCUGCCUAGUCCAGAAAUGAUGUUGGGACAGCCUUGGAGCAACUGGGUCGAUGCUACCAAACUCUACGGCAACGACGGUGAGUGCUCGUGCGUACUGGAUGUGUGUGUAGAAUCGAGACAUGAUCGUUAGCUUUUUUGCCGAUUGCGUACAGUUUUGGGAAUAUGAAGACACGCUACUGGUAGCAACAGCAGAAGCAAGCAAGUGCAACUAUUUAUGUGUCUGUGUAUCCGAUUGCCUUUUAGGUGCUGAAUCGGAGGAAAGUUUGAAGGAGUUCGGGAAAAAUCGAGAAGCCAUGCGAUUGUGCAGAGAUGGUGAGUGUUCUCUCUUUUGUCAGAGCCAAUUAGUGUUUUGGUGGGUUGCACACACACUUCACAUGCACCAGUUGAAGUCUGGUUGUUCUGUUAAACAAGUGCACUAGAUUGACCUGUGACAACACAAGUCUGAUCAAUCAAUGAUAUAGCCCUGGAAUCUAUGGCCACUAGUUGACAUCUUGAAGAGGGGACUUCCUCUGUCCCUAAGUAGGUGCACACCACAGCUAAUAACCAGCCAGGGCUUAUUCAGUGAGAUAGAAAGACAGAAAUAUAAUGUGAUAAAGCUGACAUGAUUGUUGAUUAUACACAACAGAUCAUUAUUAUGUCUAUUUUACACAAUCAUUUCUGUCUGGCUGUUCUGUAUCAUUGUGCCCACCUGAAAUGCCCUGAUGUGCACCGUUAGGGGAGGUGUACACUCAGUGUGGUGACAGCAGUUUCACAGUUAAAAUGGGAGCAACGAGUCUGUCAUUAAGAAUAACUGCUACUCUUGAUGGUAACUGCUUGAAACCUCAGAUGACUUUCCUAUGUGAGUUGAAUAUUUAUAGUGCUACUAAACACUCACAUUUGUUUAGCACAUAUUUUUAUUAGCACAAUCAAUAAAGAGCUCUAUAUUUACAAUAUUAACAACAAAGAAUGGCCUUACUGUUUUGUUUUGUCCGCUAUGAUUUAUAAUUGAUUUAUUACAUGGGUGUUGUCAGUGAUCUGAUCAAGACUGGCAUGAAAUGUUUAAUUACCAUGCUAUACAAAUGGAGAAGACAAAGGUUGGAAGACAAUUACAUUAGGCCUCCUGUAGCUCAGUUGGUAGAGCAUGGUGCUUGCAACGCCAGGGUUGUGGGUUCGAUUCCCACGGGGGGCCAGUAUGAAAAAUGUAUGCACUCACUAACUGUAAGUCGCUCUGGAUAAGAGCGUCUGCUAAAUGUAAAUGUUUUGAAACGUUUGGUGCCAAUGUGAAAGAGUUCGUAUAUAUUUUGUAUUUAUUUUAUUUUACCUUUAUUUAACUAGGCAAGUCAGUUAAGAACACAUUCUUAUUUACAAUGACGGCCUACCAAGAGGCAAAAAGCCUCCUGCGGGGACGGGGGCUGGGAUUAAAAAUACAAAUGUAAUACAUACAGUGGGGAGAACAAGUAUUUGAUGCACUGCCGAUUUUGCAGGUUUUCCUACUUACAAAGCAUGUAGAGGUCUGUAAUUUUUUAUCAUAGGUACACUUCAACUGUGAGAGACGGAAUCUAAAACAAAAAUCCAGAAAAUCACAUUGUAUGAUUUUUAAGUAAUGAAUUUGCAUUUUAUUGCAUGACAUAAGUAUUUGAUACAUCAGAAAAGCAGAACUUAAUAUUUGGUACAGAAACCUUUGUUUGCAAUUACAUUUACAUUUACAUUUUAGUCAUUUAGCAGACGCUCUUAUUCAGAGCGACUUACAGUUAGUGAAUACAUUUUUUUUAAAUACUGGCCCCCCGUGGGAAUCGAACCCACAACCCUGGCGUUGCAAACGCCAUGCUCUAUCAACUGAGCUACAUCCCUGCCGGCCAUUCCCUCCCCUACCCUGGACGACGCUGGGCCAAUUGUGCGCCGCCCAUGAGUCUCCCGGUCGCGGCCGGCUGCGACAGAGCCUGGAUUCGAACCAGGAUCUCUAGUGGCACAGUUAGCACUGCGCCACUCAGGAGUAUAAUUACAGAGAUCAUACGUUUCCUGUAGGUCUUGACCAGGUUUGCACACACUGCAGCAGGGAUUUUGGCCCACUCCUCCAUACAGACCUUCUCCAGAUCCUUCAGGUUUCGGGGCUGUCACUGGGCAAUACGGACUUUCAGCUCCCUCCAAAGAUUUUCUAUUGGGUUCAGGUCUGGAGACUGGCUAGGCCACUCCAGGACUUUGAGAUGCUUCUUACAGAGCCACUCCUUAGUUGCCCUGGCUGUGUGUUUCUGGUCGUUGUCAUGCUGGAAGACCCAGCCACGACCCAUCUUCAAUGCUCUUACUGAGGGAAGGAGGUUGUUGGCCAAGAUCUCACGAUACAUGGCCCCAUCCAUCCUCCCCUCAAUACGGUGCAGUCGUCCUGUCCCCUUUGCAGAAAAUCAUCCCCAAAGUAUGAUGUUUCCACCUCCAUGCUUCACGGUUGGGAUGGUGUUCUUCUACAUCAUCCUCAGGUCUGGAGUGUAUUCUCUUCUCUUUCUCAUAGCACAUUGUCAUUCAGGCCCAGCCCUGUGAAGUGGGGGGUAUUAUGGCUUACCCUGUGGAUGACUACACCUCUACCAUGACUCACCACAUAUGUCCCUGGUGGAACAGACAUUUCUACAUGCACGCACACACAUGGACACACACACACACGAUCCAGACAUGACACACUCACAAGAGCCAUAAUUGGAACGUGACUGAAGGAUUCUCUCCUCUGAUCUGCCCCGUGUUCAUUCACUCCCAUUAUAUCCCUCUGACUCCCCUUCACCCAUUUGACUGAUAUAGCAGACUGAGAAGGGGAACUGGGAAACGUAGUGGCUACAGGUCAGAGUUUGCUGCCAUGUGUCUGUGUGCCUCCAAUAGCUGCUACUACUCUACCCUAGAUCAUUCAUCACUGCCAUUGAAGAGGAAGGUGAAAUUAACUGCACUCUCCUCUUUCUCUCUCUCAUCUCCAUACCACACAAGAAAAUGGAGAAUGAAAUGGCACAUGGAGUUUCACCACUUUUAAAGUUGGACGCUUCAACAGUGCAGUGCCACUGCCAAUGUCCUGAAUGCAGAGUGGACUGGUGAUUCAGCUGGUGCUCAUUUAAGAGACCAGUGAGACCUGUCACUAACCCUGUGUUUAGUACAGGUCGGCUUGUUAAUUCCCCCAUCCCCAGCAGCAAAUUACUUUCCUAAGAGCACAGGUAGACUUUUGUGUGGACUUGAAUAGCCAGAGCCUCGGAGACGUCGGUGAUGUUUCAAGUGUCCUCAGCCAUGUGUUGGAGGGCCUUGUCUGCUACGGCGUGUGAGUGAUCUCUUAAUUAGACCCUUCAUUAGCUCUUUGUCGUUCUCCUUGUGAGGGUAAAUGUUGAUCUCUCCUCGUCUCCCAGUGUGCCCCUCUGAUUUCCACGAUGGAGCUUUCAUCAAAAAAGGAGGGAGUCUUGUAUUUGUAUUUAUUAGGGAUCCACAUUAGCUGCUGCUCUUCCUGGGGUCCAAACACAUUAAGGCACUUACAUCACACACAAAACAAAAGAUAAAACAGUGCAUCAUAUAACAUUAUUACACCACUACAUAUCUACAAUACAAAAUGUAUAAUACCACCAUACAACAAUAUUUGUGACUGGUGGUGUUGAGCACAUUAAUGAAUCCACCAACCAACCAAUCGGCUCUGUUAAGUAUUUAACUAACUCAACGACUGAAGGAGGUUGAACAUUUUAACUUUAACCACAUUAACUGUGGAAUGCAGUUUUCUGGUCACAUAAGAAAGUAAUAUGCCACAUGCAUUCCUGUGAAUGAUGGUGUUCUUUUUUGGCUGGAUGAUUUUGUCGAUUUGAAUAUUUGCAGGUACGGCGCAUACUUCAAUUUAAAAGCCCAAGUGACAGUCUCUGCCUCAGUUGCUCUCCAUCCUCUCUUGUUUAUUUGAAGUCACAGAUCAUUCACAGGCUCUGCCACUGGCUGUAGUUAUCCUGCCUGCUUCACACCAUAGGUGUGUAGCGUGUGGGUAGCCUGUCAGUGUGUGUGUUUCUGCAGCAGUUAACCUUUGGAGUGCUGACUCUGUCAUCUCCUUGUUCUUAUCACUAGGCGUUCUCCUGUACUGUGAAAUGGGGCUUGUGUGUGUGUACUCUGCGCAUGUACAAUCUGUUUUUCUCUGGAAUGGUUGUUCUCACACCCGUAUCAACCAUAAUUAUCCUAGAGUAUUGAAAGCUUAGGUGCCUAGGCUUUAUCGCCCUCCAUAACACUGCAUGGUUUCAAAUGUUUCAUUCAGCAACUACCUGUGUCUACCUCCUACAGUUUACAUUAGAUACUGGUUGUCUUCAUCCUGUUCAUCUGUGUUUCUCUCUCCCCCCAUGGAACCACAGACAUGCCCAUAUUUGGCCAGUGUCCGGCACAGGACGACUUCUACCUGGUGAUGUGCAGCCACUGCAGUCAGGUGGUGAAGCCCCAGGCCUUCCAAGCACACUACGGUAAGUCUCUCUCUCUCUCUCUCACUCACACACACACACACACACACACACACACACACACAAACCGAGCUGAUCCAGGGUUUGGUUUAAUCGUUUUUUGUUUUAUAGCUCUUAUGAAGGUUUUGGGCAGGGAGAGCAUAUUCUAGACUUGUGCAUUGGGGAACCUGCUCGGCACUAAUCUCUGUCAGGAUGACACAUCUAUAGAGUGUGCGUGUGCGCGCAUGUUCAGACACUAUCACAUUCAAAAGGAUUAAAAGCACCCCUCCCAUUCUCCACCUCUGCACUCUCUAACGUAACAUGAGAAAGGAGCGCUCAGGCUUUUGAUUUCCACCGCCUGAGACUUGUGUUUACAAUUCUCCUGUUAAUAUUUGAUGUGUUCCUCCCGAGUCCACGCCUCUGUGUGAGUGUAGCCUAAUUUAUUGUUUUAGCGUGUUAAGCUGUCCCUGAGAUCUCUGGAGAUGUCUUAAAAGUACUACAAAGAGUAAAGGAGUAUCUUUUUCCAUCUCCGCUGUGUGAGUUCUUAAACUGGCUUUUUGGCUGGCACGCUGGGAAGAAUUGAUGAAUUAUGGAUUUUAGAAUCAAGAGAUCGCUUUGCUGUGUAUCUCGUUAAAACCAGCCUGGUGAACCCUCUGUGCACGCACUCACACACUUGCGGCACACACACUCACUCUCUCUCACACACACACAUACACCCAUGUGCUUCAGUGCAAUUAUUAAGAGAACUGCUCUCUCCACAGACAGUGCACACCUAUGAGCCAGUGAGGCAGAGGGUUAGAUAAGGUGGUGUAAACUCUCUCUCCCUCUCUGUCUAAUUCGUCUCCAUGAUAGGGUGUUAAGCAUCAAUUGGCAUGUAUAAUCUAUUUAUUACAGGUGUGGUGUGCUUUAGGUUAAAGUUUGGAGACCUUUCUAAAUAUAUUUUAGUCUCUAAAAUGUGUAGGCCUCCCUCCACCUACAGUUAUCAUUGAUACCUCUAGUAAAGAAGAGCAAGGUAUUAUCUGUUCCUUGAGCUGUUUCAUUGAAGGAUUACAUUUUUUAUGAAAUUGCGGAGUCUAAACUGGUAAAUAACCCUAUGUUAUGGGUCGUUCUUUAAGAAUUUUAAUGUGUUUUCUCACACAUACAGUUCCUUCAGAAAGUAUUCAUACCCCUUGACUUAUUCCACAUUUUGUUGUGUUACAGCCUGAAUUCAAAAUUGAUUGAUUUUCUCACCCAUCUACACACAAUACCCCAGAAUGACAAAGUGAAAACCAUGUUUUUAGAAAUGUUUGGUAAUUUAUUGAAAAUUAAAUACAGAAAUAUGUCAUUUACAUAAGUAUUCACACCCCGGAGUCAAUACUUUGUAGAAGCACCUUUGGCAGAGAUUACAGCUGUGAGUCUUUCUGGGUGUCUCUAAGAGCUUUCCACACCUGGAUUGUGGAACAUUUGUCCAUUAUUCUUUUCAAAAUUCUUCAAUAUCUGUCAAACUGAUUGUUGAUCAUUGCUAGACAACCAUUUUCAGGUCUUGCCAUAGAUUUUCAAGUAGAUUUAAGUCAAAACUGUAACUCGGCCACUCAGGAACAUUCACGGUCUUCUUGGUAAGCAACUCCAGUGUAGAUUUGGCCUUUUGUUUUAGAAUAUUGUCCUGAUGAAAGGUGAAUUAAUCUCCCAGUGUCUUGUGGAAAGCAGACUGAACCAGGUUUUCCUCUAGGAUUUUGCCUGGGCUAAGCUCCAUUCUUUUUAUUUUUCUAUCCUGAAAAACUCCCCAGCCCUUAACGAUUACAAGCAUACCCAUAACAUGAUGAAGCCACUACUAUCCUUAAAAAUAUGGAGAGUGGUACUCAGUAAUGUGUUGUAUUGGAUUUGCCCCAAACAUAACACUUUGUAUUCAGGACAAAAAGUUGAUUUCUUUGCCACAUUAUUUGUUGCAAACAUAAUGCAUGUUUUGGAAUAUUUGUAUUCUGUACAGGCUUCCUUCUUUUCACUCUGUCAAUUAGGUUCGUAUUGUGGAGUAACUACAAUGUUGUUGAUCCAUCCUCAGUUUUCUCCUGUCACAGCCAUUAAACUCUGUAACUGUUUUAAAGUCACCAUUGGCAUCAUGGUGAAAUCCCUGGGCAGUUUCCUUCCUCUUCGGCAACUGAGUUAGGAAAGACGCCUGUAUCUUUGUAGUGACUGGGUGUAUUGAUACUCAAUUCAAAGAGUAAUUAAUAACUUCACCAUGCUCAAUGUCUUUUUUUUCUUUCUUUUUUGCCCAUCUACCAAUAGGUGCCCUUCUUUGCGAGGCAUUGGAAAACCUCCCUGGUCUUUGUGGUUGAAUAUUUGUUUGAAAUUCACUGCUCGACUGAGGGACCUUACAGAUAAUUGUAUGUGUGUGGUACAGAGAGAAGGUAGCCAUUACAAAUUAAUGUUAAACACUAUUGCACAUAGAGUGAGUUCAUGCAACUUAUGUGACUUGUUAAGCAAAUUCCUACUCCUGAACUUAUUUAGGCUUGCCAUAACAAAGGAGUUGAAUACUUAUUGACUCAAGACAUUUCAGCUUUUUCAUUUUAAUUAGCAAAAUAAAUCGAAAAACAUAAUUCCACUUUGACAUUAUGGGGGUAGGCUAGUGCCCAGAAAAUCUCAAUUUAAUCCAUUUUUAAAUUCAGGCUAAGACACAGCAAAAUGUGGAAAAGGUCAAGGGGUGUGAAUACUUUCUGAAGGCACUUUAUGUUUGACAUGUCAGUGUCCUCACGCAUCGACAGAGGAACAGUGUUCUAAUGCUUCAGGCAUGCUUUUAGGAGCUUUAGUCUGGAUCCUUCGGUCUUUAGAACAAUUUUUUUUGUAAAAUGCCAUGGAAGCAGUUUGCGUUUUAAACUUAAUUGGAAUAUUCACUUGAUAUCUCCAGUUUCAUAGUGUAAACCUGGUGAGCCUCUCAAGCCUUUAUUCUUUUCCUUUAGGUGUCUGAAAACGAAUGCUUCAAUGGCACUUCCUUCUGUUUCUACUCUGGCUGGUCACUUGAGUCCAUCUGUGUCCCAAUAUGCACACUAGUGUUGCACUGUAUACUGGUACCACGGUAAUAUCACGGUACCAAAAUGUAAUGAUACUUAUGACACCAACAUUUUUGAAUACCGUAGUACCGUUUCAUAUGAUACUACCACCUUUUUUGGCCCUACCGAUCUAAAGAACCCACUGGCUGGCGCAUGUUAUAAAAUGUUUAAAGUCAGUUUGGUUUAUAAAUUUAGUUUAAAAAAUGUAAGCAACAACAGCUAGUCUCUUGUAUGCGCCGGUCCAAUACUGUCCAGUUCCCUUUCAUGCGCAUAUCAUGUGUGGCAGCGCUAACCCGCCAGCCGCAUCCCCUUCCAGCCAUCACUCACCUGCACAAGGCAGUCUGAGUAGGGUUUGCAAGUUCGCUGUCACGCAGCAGUGCCAGAGAGGAAAAACGGCUUCGCGACAGGCAUGCUAGCAACUUUACAGCAAAGAAAACGACUUGUCUCUAGCUUAAACAGUAAAAGAAAUAUGACUCGAUUCCGCGCACAUUUGGUAAAAUUUCACAAACCAAGUCACUGGCCGUUUUAAACUAAUCCUGGGCCACUAAUUAAUUAUUGGUCAUGUUAUCUAGCUAGCUAACAACCAGGUAACUUGACAGUAGGUCUAGGCAAAUUUGAUUGGCACAGUUAGAAAGGAAAAGGGUCUGCUACUCAUGAGAUGUGCUUCAAAGGUAGGAAUCAUAUAGGCCUAAUGUAAGCCUAAACUAUACUGAACAAAAAUAUAAACGCAACAUGCAACAAUUUUAAAGAUUUUAUUGAGUUACAGUUCAUAUGGAAAUCAUUCAAUUGAAAUAAAUCCAUUAGGCCCUAAUCUAUGGAUUUCCCAUGACUGGGAAUACAGAUAUGCAUUUGUUGGUCACAGAUACCUUUUUAAAAAAUGGCCUCACAAUGGGCCUCGUCACGGUAUUUGAUUAAAUGCAAUUGUGUUUGUGGUUUGUAGUUUAUGCCUGCCCAUACCAUAACCCCAUCGCCACCAUGGAGCAUUCCGUUCACAACGUUGACAUCAGCAAACCGCUCGCCCACACGACGCCAUAAGGCGGGUUGGACGUACUGCCAAAUUCUCUAAAACAACGUUGGAGGUGGCUUAUGUUAGAGGAAUUAACAUUAAAUUAUCUGGCAACAGCUCUGGUGGACAUUCCUGAAGUCAGCAUGCCAAUUGCACACUCCCUCAAAACUUGACACAUCUGUGGCAUUGUGUUGUGUGACAAAACUGCACAUUUUAGAGUGGCCUUUUGUUGUCCCCGGCAACUGUGUAAUGAUCAAGCUGUUUAAUCAGCUUCUUGAUAUGGCCCAGCUGUCAGGUGGAUGGAUUAUCUUGGCAAAGGAGAAAUGCUCACUAACAGGGAUGUAAACAAAUGUGUGCCCACAAUUUUGAGAGAAAUAAGCUUUUUGUGCUUAUGGAAAAUGUCUGGGAUCUUUUAUUUCAGCUCAUGAAACAUGGGACCAACACUUUACAUGUUGCGUUUAUAUUUUUCUUCAGUGUACAGUAUCAGUCAAAAGUUUGGACAACUACUCAUUCAAAGGUUUUCUUUAUUUUUACUAUUCACUACAAUAAUAGUGAAGACAUCAAAACUAUGAAAUGACACAUAUGGAAUCAUGUAGUAACCAAAAAAGUGUUAAACAAUCAAAAUAUAUUUGCCUUGAUGACAGCUUUGUAUUCUCUCAACCAGCUUCGAUGAGGUAGUCACCUGGAAUGCUUUUCCAACAGUCUUGAAGGAGUUUCCACAUAUCCUGAGCACUUGUUGGCUGCUUUUCCUUCAUUCUGCGGUCCAACUCAUCCCAAACCAUCUCAAUUGGGUUGAGGUUGGAUGGUUGUGGAGGCCAGGUCAUCUGAUGCAGCACUCCAUCACUCUCCUUCUUAGUCAAAUAGCCCUUACACAGCCUGGAGGUGUGUGUUGGGUCAUUGUCCUGUUGAAAAACAAAUGAUAGUCCCACUAAGCGCAAACCAGAUAGGAUGGUGUAUCGCUGCAGAAUGCUGUGGUAGCCAUGCUGGUUAAGUGUGCCUUGAAUUCUAAAUAAAUCACAGACCGUGUCACCAGCAAAGCACCCCCACACCAUCACACCUCCUCCUCCAUGCUUCACGGUGGGAACCACACAUGCGGAGAUCAUCCGUUCAUCUACUCUGCGUCUCACAAAGACAUGGCGGUUGGAACCAGAAAUCAGACCGAAGGACAGAUUUCCACCGGUCUCAUGUCCAUUGCUCGUGUUUCUUGGCCCAAGCAAGUUUCUUCUUCUUAUUGGUGUCCUUUAGUAGUGGUUUCUUUGCAGCAAUUUGACCAUGAAGGCCUGAUUCACACAGUCUCCUCUGAAGCUCAGCUGGUAGAGCACGGCGCUUGUAACGCCAAGGUAGUGGGUUCGAUCCCCGGGACCACCCAUACACAAAAAUGUAUGCACGCACGACUGUAAGUCGCUUUGGAUAAAAGCGUCUGCUAAAUGGCAUAUUAUUAUUAUAUUAUAUAUUAUUAUUAUAUUAUAUUUAUAUAUUAUAUUAUUAUAUUAUAACAGUUGAUGUUGAGAUGUCUGUUACUUGAACUCUGUGAGGUGCAAUCUGAGGUGCAGUUAAUUGACGAUUUCUGAGGCUGGUAACUCAAAUGAACUUAUCCUCUGCAGCAGAAGUAACUCUUGGUCUUCCUUUCCUGUGGCAGUCCUCAUGAGAGCAAGUUUCAUCAUAGCGCUUGAUGCUUUUUGCGACUGCACUUAAGAAACGUUCAAAGUUCUUGAUAUGUUCCAUAUUGACUGACCUUCAUGUCUUAAAGUAAUGAUAAACUGUCAUUUCUCUUUGCUUAUUUGAGCUGUUAUUGACAGUAUAUGGACUUGGUCUUUUACCAAAUAGGGCUAUCUUCUGUAUACCACCCCUACAUUGUCACAACACAACUGACUGGCUCAAAACGCAUUAAGAAGGAAAGAAAUUCCACAAAUCAACUUUUAACAAGGCACACCUUUUAAUUGAAACGCAUUCCAGGUGACCAUGAAGCUGGUUGAGAGAAUGCCAUGAGUGUGCAAAGCUGUCAUCAAGGCAAAGGGUGGCUACUUUGAAGAAUCUCAAAUAUAAAAUAUAUUUGGAUUUGUUUAACAUGAUUCCAUUUGUUAUUUCAUAGUUUUGAUGUCUUCACUAUUAUUCUACAAUGUAGAAAAUAGUAAAAAAAAAAUAAGAAAAACCCUGGUAUGAGUAGGUGUCAACUUUUGACUGGUACUGUGUAUCAAAAAUCUAUCUCUUUCUGGUGUUCUUUACAUUCUGUUUGGUGCCUAAUGUUUUUAAAUUUGGGGGCAGUGUGUGCAUGUGUUUGUGGGAGAGAGAGUGGUGUGUCUGUGUGUUAACUGAAGAGUAAAUGUUUCAUGCAGUGUUUUCCCCUUACUGCCACAAUGACAUUCAGAUCAUUAUGCAUCUAUAUUCCUUCCUCCAGCCAAAUCACAGGUAGACCUUUGCAGAUAUGAGCAAAGUCACCAUUCUAUGCCGUAUUCUAUUAUACAGUGUGAAGUUAAAUUAAAUAUGUGUUGGAUUGAGUAGAAGUGUGAAUAUCAGUGACAGGUUUUUUGUGUAGCACAUGCGCAUAACAUUUAGAAAACUGGAACAAGCGUCGGGGGGAUGGGCGAACAGGACAUUAGGCCACCCAGAAUCCCCCCCCCCCCCGUGGUAUCGCAAUACUACUCGGUGUCAUGGUGCUUGGCCUGGUAUUGUAUCGUUAGUAAAAUUAUGGUAUCGUGACAACACUAAUGCACACAUUACUACACUGUGUUUCAUGCUAGUGUGGCCAUUGGGAUCCAUACUAUUUAAAUCGACCAGUCAAUGCCACGGGGCUUCAGUGGAAUCACUACUCUCCUUUUACAAUGUAGUUCGUUUUUUUCUCAAAGGAAAUAUUGAAUAAACAGCUAAGCCUAUAAUAUUUCAUCACUGAUUUGUUACUGGUUAUACAGUGAUCAGGAUUGGCCACGAGGGAGACACAAUAACACCCAAGUGUCAUUGGGGACACUCAUUGAUCCUGUGGCAAGAGUCACAGCAAUCAUAGACUAAUAGCAAAUGUGAAUAGAGUAGCAAAUACAGAAGUUUGUACUUUCCACAUAAAUUGAGAUUAGCCUAGUGCUGGUGUGGUUGCACCUGACUACUAUAGCGUAGUUCAUUAACCGGACUUCCACCUUAAAUGUGCAAUAACAUUGAAUCAGAUCAGAUGAAUCUGUCUUAGAUGUACCACAUACUGCCUGUCAGUCUCAUCUGCAUAAUGUCUCAGUGACUUGAUAGGCUCGUCAUUAUGAAGUUCCAUAGUAGGCCUGUUCAUUCAUUGGUUUUCCAGUGUACAGUAUGUUAACGCAGGACUCAACAGUUCCUAUCUGAAGACUACUGAACUUGUCUGGUCAGUGAAACACUAGUGAACUUGUCUUCUAUAAAAUAUUGAGCUCAUCUCUGCAAGGUACCACAGAGGGACCCUCUUGUUCUGCCCUGGAUAUGGUCUGUGUAGUUUUACAUGACUUUCACUCUAUGAAGCCACAGUGUUGCUGCUGGUAGGAAGGCCAUUAGCUGAUAGUCUGUUGAAGGUCAGUGCACAGUGAUUCUAUAUGCUGUGAUUCUACCAUCUAAACUGUCUCACCUCAUUCUCCUGUAUUGCUUGAAGCCCAUCCGUAUGCUGUAUGGUGUGUUCUAACUGUGGAGCCCCUGGGUGUAGUACAUUUACAUUUUAGUCAUUUAGCAGACGCUCUUAUCCAGAGCCACUUACAGUUAGUGAGUGCAUACAUUUUCAUACUGGCCCCCAGUGGGAAACGAACCCACAACCCUGGCGUUGCAAGCGCCAUGCUCUACCAACUGAGCUACAGGGAGCAGCUAGCCUGGCGCUGUGGGCAGGAUUGACACUCCGGAGUAUAAACAGGCACUAGGCAUGCAGCUCCGCUCCGGUUUUAUUCAUUAAUUUAUGAAUCCGGUCGCUGAACAAAGAACCCAUAGCUAUAUGCUCGUACUCAGCAGUGACUGACUCUGAGACUACAGAUCUGGGAUCAGCACAAGUAGAGCUAUAGUAUGCUAUGAGGAGAGCAAGCCUACACUGUUGACAGGACCAUGUAAAUCAUUUUGAUUGGGCCUAGCUGCUUUAUGUGUAGCCUACACUGAGUGCGGUAGGCCUAUGCUGUGCACCCAUUUUCCAAAAUGUACCCCAGCAAGCCUGUCUCCUGCAGGGAUUCCCCAGCCCUCUAGAGAGACUACUGUUUAUUUGCCAGUGUGAGAAUAGACUGUAAUGCUGCUCCUCUCCUCCGUCUCUGUUUUCCUGUUCUAUUGGUCUGCCAGGACCUCUCUUACUGGCUGGCUGGCUCUCAGCAUUUGGCAGGCGUUGUGGGAACGUCACGCUGGGGAAGCCUGCUUGCGCUUGAGUGUGGGUUAUGCAGCGACGUCUGGCAUGGACUGAGUGGCAUCUAUAGGUUGGGGGAGGUUGGCGAGAGGCUGUUGGGUGCUAGCCUGUUAGCAGGAAGGCAGUGGGUCAUGGGUAGGAGGGUGGAAGAGGUGUGAAGCUCCAGCUUGGCUCAGGGAGGGGCUUUGUCAUAGCACAUAGGCUGGGCUGGUUUAGUCUGGGUGAGGAGGGAGAGGAAAGGGCCUGGAGAUGUUGCUCUGUUAGCUAGCUGGGGUGGUGUGGGGCUGGGCGUGGCAGCUGUGCAUUCUACCCUGCUCUACUGCUGCUCUCCCACUGAGACAGCCUUGGCAUGCAGCCCAGACCUGCAUGGGCUUAGCAGAAGGUUAGUUGGAGUUUCGUUUUAACUCCCCACACCACCACUAGCCAGCCAGGCAGACAAUUUUUCACUAAUCCUGCUCUGAUCUGCUCUCUUUAUCUAUCGCUCUCAUGCUCUCGCUCCAUUCUCUUAUUAUCUGCCCUCUCUCACUGUUUCCUCUCAUUCACUGAUUGUCUGUUUGUCUGUCUUGACGUCUGUCUCUCUCGCUCGCUCUCUCUGACACACACAAUUUUCUCCAUGGAUAGAAGAUGCUGCUCUGCUGGUUGGGAGGAGGUAGUGCAGUCAGUGUCUCUGUUAUCUGGCUGUAAAAUGGUCAGAUUAACCCUCUCAGGACUGGAACGGCAUUCAGUUGCUUCGGCCAGAAGAGCUAUACCUCUCGCUUUCUCUCACAUGCUCUCUUCCUCUUUCUUCCUCUCUUGCUGUAUAACUUUCAUUCUCUGUCUUUCUGUCUGCUUUACUUUCACUUUCUCUUGUGUGUGUGUGUGUGCUUGUUCAGCUUGUGUUCGUUUGUGGUGUGUGGAGUGAGCACUAGAAACAUUAGAAAUAACUGUUUAGGCUAAAUACUGCAAUGCGGAUUUGCCCUUUGUCCUGUUUAGCAGCUCUUGUUUUUUCCUCAUAGUUGUAUAUUUUUUCUUCUCUGGUGUCAGUAUUGUCUUUUAUCAGUUUAUAGUAAGGCUAACCGUUCCAUUCAGUUUCAGACAGGAAAUCAAGCUCUUGACCCGUAUUUUUAUUUCAGGUGAAUUGGCCUGGAUCAGCAAGGCUUUCUAGUCUUUGUUUUUGAAGCUGCCUGUUUUUGACUUUGUGUUUAGUACAUUUUUGCCCACUUAUAGAAGUGUUUAUUCACACAUUGAUUCCAUGCACAUUUAUUACAAAAAUGUACCUGUCCAAAGGCCUGUUGUUUCUAGCUACUACCUUCUGAUUUAUGUGCCUGUGUCGAUGCUUGUUGGUCAUGUCUCUGUGUGGACUGUAGUUCAUCCCUAACCUGCUUUUCCCCUGACCCCUAGAGAGAAGACACAGCUCGGCCAGCAAUCCCCCCUCCACCUCGGCCCCCUCCUCAGCCUUCUCCCUGUCCGCUCUGUCUCGGAGCAAGGGCAGUGGGACUGGUCCCGGGGCAGGGGGUGUCAGUGGAGGGGCCAUGGGCCGCUCCUCCAGUGGGACCAGCGCCUCGUCCAACUCCAAAAUCCUCAAACCAGCCAAAGAGAAGCUGCCAGGCAUCCAGCAGAGACCUCACUUCCCUCCCUUCCGGCUGCUCAAUGACAAAAUGUAAGCCAUGUCUAACCUAGCCAUACUGCUGAACCCCAGUAAAACGUGUUGUCAUGUUGAACUUCAGCCCCCUGCCUCUGAUAGCCCUGCAUUACGUUAGUUUUGAUCCUCUGUUACUUCUCUCUCUUCAAGUCCUCCUCUCGCUGCUUCUCAGAAGUCUAGCUCUGACUGAAGUCUCCCCGUUCUACCCUCCAACUAAAUGAGCCCCUUAAAGAGUGUUAAAAAGAGAUCCUUUAUCAAACUCCAUUUGCAACCACUCAAAACAUGUUGGCUUUCUGCUUGGGGAUUUAAACAUAUUUCAAACUUUACCUAAACCUGUUCUGUUGAAAUGAAACGAUUUCUUUGAGGUCUUUGAUGAUUUGCUGCUAUAGAUAAAUUAGCUCCCUCCUCACGCCAUCCCUCACUUUCUCCUCCUCUGUCCAUCCCUCUCUUCCAGCCUGACCCCUGCGGUCAAAGUGGAGAAGAUGCGUCUGAAGGUGGAUGUGUGGGCCAAGCUGGUGCAGGCUCCCUCGGCCACCUCGUCGUCGUCCUCCAGCAGCACUGUGAGCUCCUCGUCACCCCUGAAGUCAGGCCUUAACUUUCCCUCCAUACCAAAGGCUCCCUCGCUGGCCCCCGGCCAGAUCCCCAAUGGCAAGGGCCACAUCUCCCUUUCUGCCCUGGACAAGAAGCAGGACACCAGCGCCAGUAGCAGACAACACCUCCACAAGAGACUGUCAGGUGAGAGGAGAUGAUGGGGGAUUGUCUGUUUGCUGCAAUAGAUUAUUAUAACCUCAGUCAUUUAUUCAAGUACUGACAUGUCAUAGCCAUACAGUAAAACAUCUGCUGAUUUUAUCCCAGAAAUGCCACUAACUGAAUACUAUGUUUUUCUGCUACCGCGCUCUCUCUUCCUUACUCCUCCUGUUCUCUCUCUCUUCCUUACUCCUCCUGUUCUCUCUCUCUUCCUUACUCCUCCUGUUCUCUCUCUCUUCCCCUUAAAAACUCUCCGUUCUCCUUUCUCUCUUCUUACUCCUCCUGUUCUCUGUCUCUUCCCUUACUCCUCCUGUUCUCUCUCUCUUCCUUACUCCUCCUGUUCUCUCUCUCUUCCUUACUCCUCCUGUUCUCUCCUCUUUCCUUACUCAUCCCUGUUCUCCUCCCGCUCUUCCUUUACUCCUCCUGUUCUCUCUCGUCUUCCUUAACUACCCUCCUGUCUCUCUCUCUUCCUUACUACUCCUGCUGUUCUCUCCUCUUCCUUUACUCCUAUCCCUGUUCUCUCUCUCUUCUUACUCCCCUGUGCUCCUCUCUCUUCCUUACCCGUCCUGUUCAUCCUCUCUAUUCCUUACUCCCUCCUGUUCUCUCGCUCUUUCUUACUCCUCCUGUUCUCUCUUCCAUCAGAACGUGAGUUUAAUCCAGAUAUCCACUGUGGGGUCCUGGAUAUGACAGCUCGGAAGCCAUGCACACGAUCCCUAACAUGCAAGGUACCAAGCCCUCUCUUCUGCCCCCCUUCUUUCUGUUCUGUGUGGUUAGGAAAUAUUCCUUGUCACAUUUCCUAGGUCUUUAAGCAGCCUCCAGACUCUGUGUGCAGCUCAUCCUGACCUAACAUACCCUUUGGCCUUCUCCCUCCCUCAGACACAUUCCCUAAGCCAGCGGAGGGCAGUGCUGGGCCGGAGGAAGCGAUUUGACACAUUGUUGGCCGAGCACAAGAGCAAAGCGCGGGAACGGGACCUGCAACACCCCCACCCCCAGCAGAUCCCCCCUCUCAGGGACCCCCACCCCUCCCCCUCACGACUCAUCCCCCACCACGACACCCACCAGGUCGCUCAAGGCAACGGAGCUGCCGACGCCACCAAGCCUUUGGCGCUCGGCAAACCAAAACCUCAAAAUCCUGGUCUUCCACGGUGAGUCACUCUGUGCUCUUCCUGGGUACAGCCAGUACCUGCAUCCCUGAUGUGUGUUCCUAAAUCACUGUGUUUCCACUGCUCUCAGACUGAACAGCAGUAUCUCUCACGGAGGUGGGGGUACCCCGGGAGACCCCUCGUCGGUCCACGAGUCGCCCCACCACUCUACGCCCACCCCCGACGGGGUCUCCCGCCUGUCCAGUGACGAGGGGGAGAAUGAGGAAAGGGAGGAAGGCACAGACAAACUGGACUGUCACUAUUCAGGUUACCAACCACGGCCGGCAGCUGUAAGUCCACCACAAGUUCACUUUAUAUUUGACUCUUACAGGAAUAUGCUCUACAUUUAUUGAGCCCUUAAAUUCACAUCACAGCAACAAUGAAACAACAGCAUAGCCAGAUGCGCGAAUAAUCAGUCUUCAACCUGUUUUUAUGGGCCCUAUAAACAGUACCAACCUCCAUUGAGUGGCAGCUUGUACCGUGCAGUGUGUGUGUGUGUGUGUGUGUGUGUGUUUUGGCUUGUUAGUGUGUCAUUGUGUUAACAGUUUCCCUCCCUGCUGAUCAGUACUGUACCUUUGGAAGUCGACUGUUUGGGAGUAGCUGCUACUCGUUUGACCGGCGCUGGGAUCGAAUGCGAUGUGCUCUUACUGCCAUGAUGGACAAGCACGUCAAUACUCAGAUGUGGAAGUAAGUCUGUGUACAUUCAUUAGACCAGAGUUCCAUAAUACCUACCUAAUUCACAAACCUAUUACAAAAUCACUGAGGCAGGGAGCAAUAGUGUUGCAGGGUGGUGAAGGGAGAUCUAGUGCUAAAUGGGACACCAUUAGGCUAUUUAUCUCCAUUCCUGGAGGGCCAGAACACUUCUGAUUUUCAUCCUCUCCUAAUUAGGGACUGAUUCAGACCUGGGACACCAGAGGGGUAUACUACAAAGCAGGAUCAAUGAGUUAGCCAGCUAACUUUGAUGAACAAACAUAAAUAACUAUUGAUUUUCUGGUUCAUUAAGUAAGCUGAACUUAGAUAUUUGUUUUUGGUUGUUGAGUCAAUGAGAACAUGCCCAUUUCAAGCUUAACUUUUAUUUGUUUGAAAGAUAUUUCAGAACAUUUAGGCUGGCUAACUCAUUGAUCCUGCUUUGUAUUAUACCCUGUGUCUCUCCAGGACUGUCCUGUGCUGACUCCUCUCUGUGUAAAGCAGUUCCAGUUUCUAUCCAGGACUGUCCUGUGCUGACUCCUCUCUGUGUAAAGCAGUUCCAGUUUCUAUCCAGGACUGUCCUGUGCUGACUCCUCUCUGUGUAAAGCAGUUCCAGUUUCUAUCCAGGACUGUCCUGUGCUAACUCCUCUCUAUGUAUAAAGCAGUUCCAGUUUCUAUCCAGGACUGUCCUGUGCUGACUCCUCUCUGUGUGUGUAAAGCAGUUCCAGUUUCUAUCCAGGACUGUCCUGUGCUGACUCCUCUCUGUGUAAAGCAGUUCCAGUUUCUAUCCAGGACUGUCCUGUGCUGACUCCUCUCUGUGUAAAGCAGUUCCAGUUUCUAUCCAGGACUGUCCUGUGCUGACUCCUCUCUAUGUGUAAAGCAGUUCCAGUUUCUAUCCAGCACUGUCCUGUGCUGACACUUCUGUAUGUGUAAAUGUUACUGAUGGGGAUGCUCAUGGUGGUCUGUUUGUGUUAUAGGAAAAUCCCUUUGGCCUUGGAGAACUCCUCCUCUUCUUCCUCUGCUCCGGCCCACAGGACAAGCACAAACUCCCUGUCCUCAUCCCACGGUAGCGCCCCUGCCUCAGACUUCCUCAGCCCCUCCUCUGCACCCCCUCCGCCCCCCCACACUCAGUCCUACGACAGCAAGUCUGUUCUCUCGUACGGGACCACCUUAAAUGCCCGUGCCUCCCCCCAUGGCACGGCCAACCACCCUGCCUGCAGCGCAGCACAGGCCAGACAAGUGUCUUCGUCGCCCCAGAUGCCUUCAGCCCACUCCUCGGUCCCCACCCUGGCUUCAGGACGACCACUCAAGUCCAGAUCCAGCGGCAAGUCCUUCAGACCCCGGGAGUCUUCUUCCACAGCCGCCAUAACCAACUCCACCAGUGGGGGCAGCAGUGGAGGCAGCAGCAGCACUAGCCUCAGCUCGGGGAAGAAGAAGAAGAACAGCUCCCUCCUCACAUCGUCUCACGCUACCACCUACUCCUCAGAGUCCUCUUCCUCCUCCAACCCCACCCCUUCCUCCUUCAAGAAGAACUGCAUGGUGAACAGCGGCAGCUCAGGGAGCACGUCCCACCACGCCUCGCUAGUCCCCUCCUCCUCGUCUCACAGCGGCCUCCACAGUGUGGGACUUAACUGUGGCCCCAACGCCAGGACCAACUCCCUCAGUUUGAAGGCAGAGCCCUCGGGGCCAGCGGGAGUGUCGGGGCCUGGGGUCAGAGGCCCCCCCUCGGGCAGCCCAGCCGAGUCCAUCAAGAGGAUGAGUGUGGUGAUGAACAGCAGUGACUCCACCCUCUCCCUGGGUCCCUUUGUCCACCAGGCCUCAGAGCACCACAGCAGCUUCAGCCAUGCCCACACUGAUGGCCGCCUGGAGGGGAAGAAACGCAAGGGCUCCCCCGCUGCCAGCUCCAUCAACAGUGGAGGUGGGCCGGGCAGGCCCAAAGUGGCCAAGUCUCCAGCCAUCAACAACAUCCACGGCAAACAUGGACGCACAAUCCCAGGAGCCCAAGGGCUCCCCAACAACUCCCUCAUCCAUCAGGUGGGUUGGACCCCCACAGCCUCACACACUGGCUGCUAACGCUCCCUAUCAUCACCCAGUUUAUCUCUUUAUCUGUUGGGAAAUUCACUUUGCAGUCAGGACUUAUUUGACUUCAACAUAUGUACAUAUAUUGACAUUAGACAAAACAUAAACUAAAAAUCUCCAAUGUAAUCUAUCAUUUAAAAACCUUGCCACUCUCUUUCUCCCCUCAGCCAAAGGCCCGCCCCUGACAGCGGUGGCUGGGUCCUCUGUAUGGAACUUAGGGGCGGAUGAUAAGGGUGUAACCUGUACACUGCUCUGGACUGCACGAGGCCUUCUAAUGCCUUACUCUCAGCUUCCCACGAUCCUCAGGGUGGAUGUGAUCUGGACAACCCCGUGAUGUUGUUGUCUAUAGUGGAACUAUUUCUCCUAAAGCCAUGUGUGGGUGCCGUGUGGAGGUGGCAGGCGUUAGCACCUGGGGUGGGUCACACCUGGCACCCUGUCUGUCAGUGUUGUCCUGAGGUAGGUCUUCCUAUGGGGAGGAGAGGAGGGAGUUGCAGCCUUCCUGCCCUUUGACCUCAUGUUGAAGUUCCAGAGAUAUGGAGGGAGGGUGAAGGGCUGGCACAACAGCCAUGGCACCUCUAUCAUGAUGCAGAGCCGCUGGGAGUGA